AUGAAGAUCUCUGCAUCUAUUUUGACAGCUCUGCUAUCCACCGGCGCCGGCGAUAGCUACACCUCCACCAGCUUCAACUACACCCUAACCCCAGCACCAUCACCGUCAAACCCCCUGGGCAACCCUCCCUAUCCAGGCUGGACGUCCUCCAACGGACCAAAUUGGGUCGGCUUCCUAACCACCAAGUACAACGCCUCGCUCCUGCAGACAUACAACCUCGCCUACGGCGGCGCCACGGUAGACUCGGACCUUGUCCAGCCGUACCUGCCCACCGUGCUAUCCCUCAAGCAGCAGGUCUACGAUGAGUUCGUGCCCGGGUACGUGAACAUGACGGCGCCCUCCGCGCCGGACUGGAGCAGCGCAGACACGCUGUUCGCCGUGUGGAUCGGCAUCAACGACGUCGGCAACAGCUACUGGAAGGGCGCCGACGAGCUGGCCGCGCUGUACGACCAGAUCUUCGCCGUGUACAAGGCCGCCGUCGACACGCUGUACGAGGCGGGCGGGCGCAACUUUGUGUUUGUCAACGUGCCGCCCGUCGACAGGAGUCCUCUGAUCCUGGGCCAGGGCGCGGACGCGCAGGCAUUAGAGAAGGCGGCGCUUGCGGACUUCAAUGGCCGGAUUGAGAAGCUGGCGGACGGGCUGAAGACGAGCCACGAGGGGGACGCGAAUGUUUGGACUUUUGACUCGAGUGCGGUGUUCACGGCCGUGCUGGAUGAUCCGACGACGUAUCCGCAGACGAGCGGCUACAAGAACGUCACUGCAUACUGCGAUGCUUACCAGAAGUGA